AUGGCUUACCGCACGGAGAUGGUCAGUGGGUUCUCAGGAAUCGGAAACCAGUCAAAUUCUUACAGGGCCUCUACUACUCCUACUACAAGACUAUCAUCACGGCGCCUUCUUUUGCUGAAGGUCUCUUGCAGAUAACGAGGGACAACGUGACCGAGUACGGCCACGAGAUAAACACGCUCAAACGCUUCAAUCUCUAUCCUGAAGUAUUCAUCCGUCCCAAUAUUGUUUGAUAGCGGCUUUUUUCAGGUUAUUCUGGGAUUUUUGUACCGGCAGUUCCGUUGGUACGCGACGGCGGUUAACUGGCAAGUCGAAUAUUGCUGGAACGUCAAUCGGGGUGAAAGCCUACCUCCUGUGCAGAGUUGUGAAGGUUUCAUUUCCUAAUUAGCUCCCCCGAGGAAGAAGUGAUGAGAAUUUUCAUAGUUUAUACUGGUGAACACUUUUCUAGUUCAUUCAAUCUAUUACAUUAAAUUAAAAAAAUAUCAAAAAAAUGGAGCUCGUGAACUAAAAAUUUGAGUCCUCUGUGAAAAACACUAGACGAUAUUUUUGCGCGAUUUCUCCAAUGUGGAAGUAAGAAAUUGGAUUAUUUAAUAACAAGGAAGGUCAUUGUGAGUGUGUAAAUGGGGAACUUUCAUGAAAUUGCUCGACAACAUUUCAAGGUUUUGAUGAUAGACUCUUAAUAGCUUCCUGCUGAGAUUUUCCAUCCCGUUAUCACAGCUUAUAAUCAAGAGAUGUCGACCAUUAUUACAGAAAAAGUACACUUAAAAAAAUAUUUUCACACAAGCUCUCUUCACUUUUUUUUUAGCUUCUGACUGUAUUCGAACUUUUUCAAGGUAUCGGAAACCCACAUUACUUUUAUGUGUACACGGUUUUUGUGAUCGCUAGCACCGUGGCUUCGUCUAUCUUUUUCUUAGGAGUCUUAUUGAGGUGAGUUUCAUGUUCUUCCAACGAUGGUAUCAGAAGUUUCAGCGAUUCGAUUCUGGGAGGCCUGAUCGCUGUGGCGAGUUUCGCCUUCAACCACGGCGAGGCGACUCGUGUCCAAUGGACGCCGCCGCUCAGAGAGUCGUUUGCCUUCCCCUUCAUUAUCGGCCACAUCGCCCUCCUCACAUUCGUCAUCAAGUUUGGCUACCUCAGGAGUCCAGAAUCAACUGAUAUUAACAGGAGCCGCAAAGUCUGCUGUGGCUGGAUCGCUGCUUUGGUGUCGCUCUCGCUUCCGGCCACACUUUUCUGGCAAUUUUCUCAGUUUGCCUUUUUCACUCAGAUCUGUUCGGUGGUUGUGGUCUUCGCCUUGGACCUGCUUCCUUCACCGACCGCCAAAACCGUCGUCUUCAGUCAUCUGGUGAGUUGAGGCAGGAAUCAUGCAUGUGCUUAUUGGAAAGCUUCGGAUGGAGAAUCAAGUGCCGAGUUGUUUUGAAAGUUAGAAAUUUCGCAAAAUAGUUACGAUAUUCAUUUAAUCAAAAUUCGGUUGUGCAGAAAAGUGGGAAAGUCAGUAAUCGCGCCAUAAAACGUUUCUGUCAUCUCAGAUUUCGUUUGUACUUUCCUUCGUGCUGCUGUUCGGCAAUGAGAUGCUCCUCACCACGUUUCUUCUUCCCAGCAUAAUUUCUCUGAUGGUUUUCCAAAGUCAAAUUCUUUUUCUGAAACAUUUCUUUUGCAGGUUCUCGUGGCAGCGCGUCCCCUAACAGACAAGAUCCAACUCCGUCCCCUACACGUAGCUGUGUCGGGACUCGGUUUUCUUCUGCUGACAGUCAGCCUCAAGAUUGUUCUCUCCCGGACGCUGCAAAUCGAGGACGAUGUUUCCAAAUGUCAUAGAUGAUUUUUCACAAAACGAAUUUCAGGCACACAUUUUGGACAUUCUCCGAUCAAAGUUUACCGACUAUCAAAAUUUCCACACCCGGCUAUAUACUUGUUCCGCUGAGUUCGACUUUAUCUCUUUGGAGGUCAUUUAGGACUUUUUCUUUUUUUUUUAUAAAGCCUAUAAGACAUACAAGUUACUUCAGACACUAAAAAAACUCACUCAAACGUUUCUGAUUCCGACAGCAUGCACGGCGGUCGUUCUUCUCGCAUCCAACCUCUUAAAAUUGCAUAAAGGUCACCUACUGUGGAGAAAUGAUUCGGUUUCACAUGGAGGAGAGGUGAGAUCACAAACCUGGUUUCAAAAAGAUGAUACGCAUAAAAUUCUCUCGAGUUUCAUUGACGACCAAAAUUUUUUCAUAAGAAACAAGCUAAUUUUAGGUCGUCUACAAUGCAGUGCAGCUGUUCUGCUAUACAGUUAUGGCGGUUCUGAUCAUGAGGCUCAAAUUGUUCUUCACGCCCCAUCUCUGCGUGUUUGGAGCCUUGUUGGCGAACCACACUGUGAGAAUCUGGAAUAUUUCGGGAAUUUAAUGUUGGAUUAAGUACGUAGGAAAUUCACUUCCAUGGAGAAUUCCAAAGACUAUUCACGCUGGAAUCGUUGUUGCCUUCGUGGCAAUGCUGGCGAGUCGAGGUGAGAAGCCAGUCGCUUGAGAAAAUAAGUAUUUCUCUUGCAGGCAUCGUUAAUAUCAGACAGCAGCUCUUUAUUCGAGGAGAGUACAGUAAUCCAGAACAAGAGAUGCUGUUCAAUUGGAUCCAGCAGAACACCGCCAAAGGUUUUUCUUCGUCUUUUUUCGGAUCUCUUUUUUCCAGAUGCCGUCUUCGGUGGAACGAUGCCAGUGAUGGCGAACGUGAAGCUUUCGACGUUGCGGCCCAUCGUCAACCACCCGCACUACGAAGACGUCGGAAUAAGGUUUCUAGAGGCUUUUUCAUCCUCAAACGACAAUGAUUCAGAGAGCGAACUCUGAAAGUCUAUUCGAUGUUCAGCCGUAAGCCUAUAAAGCAAGUAUACAAAACCUUGAAGGCUAUGGGAAUCGAUUACUUCAUCUUUCAAGUGAUGAAUUGCGGCGAAGACAAAAGAAGGUUGGGCGAAGUUGAAAGGACCAGGGAUGAACUGCAUUCCGCAGAAUAUUAGAGGCCCAAUUUUAAGCCCAUUCAAUAUUUUUUUUGUCUUUAAAAAAAUGCGUUCAUAAAGCGAAAAAAAUUUCAUUUUGAAUUUUUUUUAAUGUAAUCUUUGAUUAUACCUUCAAUUUGGCUUUCAAUAAGAGUAAUUUUGCUUUAGAGCUUGACUUUUUCGAAACCUAAUUCAGGAAGCUUUCAAUAAUUAAUCGACGGAAAAUAUGAUACUUUUCAUAAAUUUAGGAAGCCAUCUAAAAGUACCCAAGUAAACUAUUUUCUUUCUUGUAAGCAAAAUUUCAAAUAACUGAUUAUGGGCGUAGAAGGGAUCAUUAUCUUCCUGUGAAGGAGCAUCAAAGAAAACCCCAGAGAAUUUUCUGCCGUUUUUUGAGAAAUUCAGUUCAGACCGCAGUGCGUCUACCGCGGGAUGUGGGAUGAGGCAGACCCGGCCAACCGCGACAGGACCGCCCUCUGCGAUCUCCUCAUCCAGGCGGCCAACACUCGCGACGACGCUGCCCUUGCUCCUUUCCGGAUGGUUUACAAUCCCAAUAGGAACUACAUCGUCCUCAAACUCUAG